AAAGAGCCUAGCUCAGAGCCAGUUACGGUGAGGACUGAGGCAGCAGCUGUUGUCUGUGUGGAUAGUGCGUGUGUGGUCGUGUCAGAAAAUAUCAAACAAAAGCAGGCAAGUGACGUGGCUGACGCUGUCGAUCUUUGCCAGUUCCCAGUCGCCCGAAACAUGUCUCUCGUCGAGGAGUUUGAAGAGGGGGAUUACGAGCAAGCCGCCAAGCGCUUUAAGGCAGACGAAGCAGACAGAGAAGCAGCGAGAGAGGCGGAGGCGACAGAAGAGGAUGAGGACGAUGAUUUGGAAGAAGGGGAGGACUUGGAGACGGCGGCUAAGAAGCACUUGAGAGAAGAAGACGACGAAGACGAGGAGGAGGAUGAGGCAGUGAAGAGUGGUGGCGAGGAAGACAGGAAGGCCCAGCGUAUUCCCCAGGACACACCGCCGGCAAAGGAUAAAGCGGAGAGCAAAAGCACCAUCAUCCCUUCUCCCGUGGUCCAUGUGAGAGGCUUGUGCGAGGCAGUGGUGGAAGCUGACCUGGUGGAGGCGCUGAAGAGAUUUGGCAAAAUAUGUUACGUGAUGAUAAUGCCCUUCAAGAGACAAGCUCUCGUGGAGUUUGAGCAGAUCGAAAGUGCCGAGAGACUGGUGUCAUUCAGUGCCAAGCACCCCGUCUAUAUUGUUGGACAGCAAGCCUUCUUCAACUUCUCCACCAGUCAGAGGAUUACAAGGCCCACCAAUGCAGACAAUCCAAAUAGUGGAAAUAAGGUCCUGCUGCUUUCCAUCCAGAACCCUUUGUACCCCAUAACUACAGAUAUCUUGUACACGGUUUGCAAUCCAAUUGGGAAUGUCCUACGGAUCGUCAUCUUCAAAAGAAAUGGAAUACAAGCCAUGGUGGAAUUUGAAUCUGUCCAAAGUGCUCAGAAGGCCAAAGCUGCUCUUAAUGGAGCCGACAUUUAUGCUGGAUGUUGCACUCUGAAAAUCGAAUAUGCCAGGCCGACCCGUCUGAAUGUGAUAAGGAAUGAUAACGACAGCUGGGAUUACACUAAGCCUUACUUGCUGAGACAAGAGCAGGCCAAGGCUCGCCAUCGACCCGCCAUCCUGGGGGAACACCCAUCUGUGUACAAUGAAGGCGGAUAUGGUUCACACUACCCACUGCUGCCUUUCCCAGGUAAUAACCGCUACAGAAUUCCCCCUCAUGAGGUCCCAGAAAUUGUCGCAUACCCUCUGCCCCAGUCGUCGUCAUACAUGGGCCAUGGGGUGUCCUCGUCAAGUUCUGUCGCCAUGGUUAGUGGUCUGCAUCCCAAGAUGAACUGUGCUAGAGUCUUCAACCUCUUCUGUUUGUAUGGUAAUGUUGAGAAGGUCAAGUUCAUGAAGAGUGUGCCUGGUACAGCGCUGGUGGAAAUGGCUGACGAGUAUGCAGUGGACAGAGCCAUUACACACCUGAACGGCAUCAAGGUUUUUGGAAAGAGGGUUAGCGUCUGCGUCUCCAAACAACAUGCCGUGAUUUCCAGCCAGGUGUUUGAAUUGGAGGAUGGCACGAGCAGCUACAGGGACUACACCAUGAACAGGAACAAUCGCUUCUUGAACGCCGCGCAGGCCGCCAAGAAUAUAAUCCAGCCUCCCUCGUGCGUCUUGCACUUCUAUAAUAUUCCUCCUGCUGUCACGGAAGACGACUUAAGAAAGCUCUGCAUGACCCAGGAGGUGCCGUGUUUCAUCAAGUAUAAGGCAUUUGACUUGAGACCCAAUUCCAAAACAAUAUCCGGCCUGCUGGAAUUCGAAAGCAAGACUGAUGCGGUGGAGGCGCUCACCGUUUUGAACCAUCACCAGAUCAAGGUUCCAGAUGGCUGCAAUCCGUACACCUUGAAGUUGUGCUUUUCAACGUCUUCUCAUCUAUAAGAGAGGAGGAGAGAGGGUCCAUGUUUGGAGUUUUGCAAGUGAAGCUGCUGUUGCUUUUUCUUGCCUUCACGCUCCUGUAUGGUCUGCCUGCAGAGGAGGAAGAGAAGAAGUGCAAAACACUGAAAACCAUAACCCGUUAGAGAAAACAAGAAGUGAUCAAACAUGCCACCCCCAACACACACACACACAAACCCCCCCACCACCACCACCGCCCAGGGCACAACCAGCACGGAGCAUGUGAAUGAAACGCUGCCACGGUCAGUGUAUACAAGUGACCUUGUACGUUCCAUGUCUUUGUGUGCACAAGUAGAACAUUCCUCCAGGUGUGAGCUUCAGCAGGGACCGUCCUGGGAAUGCUGUGGCCAGUGAAUGUGUGAGUGAAUGCCUGACCCGGAGACCAUGGGGGAUGCGCGGCCUGUUGUCUCAUGUCAUUAGUUUUAUUUUGAGCAGGUACUUCUGGACUGGAUGAUGUAUUUAUGUUCUUUUAACCAAUUUAUGUUUCAUUUUGUUGUGCCGUGUCCUCUCUGUGUUUUGGGUGGGUUGUGUUUAGCAUGUUUUCCCCUGUAUGAGAAAUUCACUUUUAGCAUGCGAGUCAUUAAAAACCUUGGAUACCUUGA